AUGUAUAAUGGUCAUAAAAGAGUCCAUUCAAUUAAGUUUCAAAGUGUUGUUCUACCCAAUGGUCUCAUUGGAAACCUUGCUGGUCCCUAUGAAGGUAAACGACAUGACAGUGUGAUACUCCAAGAAUCUGGUCUCUUAACAAACCUACGACAGAUUGCCUUCUACAACAACAACCCCCUUUGCAUAUAUGGUGAUCCUGCUUAUCCACUGGGUGUUCAUUUGCAAGCACCAUUCAGGGAAAGAGAGCUUACACCGGCAAUGGCAGAGUUCAACAGGGAGAUGAGCCGGGUUCGAGUCUCUGUCGAGUGGAUGUUUGGAAAUAUUACUAAGUAUUUCAGCUUUGUGGACUUUAAAAGGCAAAUGAAAUUGCAUCUGAGUCCUGUUGGAAAAAUCUACACUGUGGCAGCAUUGUUGCAGAAUGCUCAUACCUGCUUGUAUGAGAACAUUGUAUCUCAUUUUUUUGAUCUGAAGCCUCCUUCAACCAUGAAUAUUUCUGGUAAUACACAUUCACUUAGUCUUAGUUGUGAAUUUUAA